AUGGAAGCAACUCCUGCCCUCAAUCGCAACAUCUUCCGCUUCUUCGAUCUUCCCGGCGAGAUUCGAAACGACAUCUAUGACCACUCGCUCCACACGAAAAAGUACCGCCGAUGCUGCCUCAAGAUCACUGUCUCGAAGGUAGCAACCGUCAACCCUCUACUGGUAUCGCGUCAGUUCAGCGCUGAGUACAGUUCACGGGCAGAACCCACCGUGACAAUCACCGAACUCGGAGCCGAGAAAUAUCGAGACGCUCGCAUGCUCAUUCCAAGCCAUAGUGCAGAAGGAAGACUCUGUCCUCGCGACUUCUGGGCUGCACACCACGUCAUCCGCCAGAUCCAAAUUCCAGCAAUAGUACUCCAAAGCUUCCAUCUCGACAUGAACCUCGAAUCUCAUACCGACCUGGCACAAGUCAAGAAAUGGUUGGAGCGCUUGACGGGUAACAUGGUCGGAGUUCAUAAGUUUACCCUCCGCUUCAACAUUCGACAGCGCCACAUGGACCAAUUCUUUGUAGAGCAAGGAUGGCAAGAGCGUGCACUUGAUAUCCAGCAGGAGCUCAAUGCUGGCUGCUGGACCGUAUUGCCGCAUCUGCAGGGUCUGGAACUCCAUGUGGAUCGAGAGGAGGACGCACUGCCAGACUUCGAGACUCGCAACCUCAUUAUGGCUUGGUCGAACAAGACUGGAAGGGUCGAGCCUGCACAGGAUCCAGAGGAGAGUGACGGGACUGCUGAGUAG